AUGACCCAGUUUACAAACCAACGGAAUAGCGACGAUGCACCGGCCAUGGGUUGGCCAAAUGGGAGCCCUGAGCGCCAGACCGUAUGGCCCGAGAACAUGAAGGCCCAGAUAAAUGGGAAGUGGGAGAAAGCAGAGGAGCAUGGAGUAAAGGAGGAGGAGGAGAUUCUAACGGACGAGCCAGAAGAGGAAUUAUGGUUUCGUUUGGCUGCUGGAAGACCACCAUGGCAACGGACAGCCGGUGCUAUUGCGAAUCAAAGAGACACCUGGCCCAGCCUUUAUAUCACAUUUUUGACUUUUACUAUUGCCUGUAUCUCUGGUGGUCUGGCAUAUAGCGGUGGAAUAUUGUACAUAGAGUGCUUAGAGACGUUUCCUGAGGCUGAUAUAAAAGUAGUCUCACUUGUUGGAACAUUGCAGCUAGGCGUUGCUCUGAUUUCGGGUAGGUAA